AUGACAGAGCAAGAUAUACAGACUGAUGAUUUGCAGAUUUGCCCAAUAUGCCAUAAAAUGCGUCAUCUUGGAAUAUUAGAAACAUGCACAAAAUGCAAAACAGAGCUAAUUCAUGAUAAAUCAAUUUCAAAUGCAGGUUUUUGUCCUAUUUGCGAGCCUUUAAUACCAAAUCAGAUUCUCGAAGAAUGCUCACUAGCAAUUGCUCAAGCAGCACCUGAAGAAAUUGGCUGCACAAUGUCGUCAAAAGAGAAAAAAGCAAAGAAGUAUUAUAAAUCAAUGAAUACAUGGAUAGAUACAAUAGAAGAGUUGAAUGAUAUAACAAAUGAUUCCCCCAUUCCAGAUGAUAAUAUGGAAGCAAGUUGUUGUAUAAGAUGGGCCACUUAUAUCUCUUUUAUAGCAAAUCUCCUUUUGCUCGUUGCAAAAAUUGUGGCCGUAACAUCUUCUGUUUCAUACACAAUUAUUUCAUCUGUUACAGAUUCUGCCCUUGAUAUUAUUGCAGGAACAAUCAUAUCAUGCACUGCAGCCCAUUCGACUUUCACACGAGAAGAUCUUGAUAAGUUUCCACUUGGUAAAUCUCGAGUUCAUGUUGUAGGAAUUCUUAUUUUCUCGGUUCUUAUGGCAGCAUGUGCAACAUAUCUCAUAUUACAAUGUAUAUUAUCCCUCAUUGGCCACCAAGUACCUGAAAAAACAACCUUAUCGGCGAUUGUUAUUAUGGGUGCAACAAUUGCAAUCAAAUUGACAAUGGCAAUAGUAUAUUAUCUUCUUGGACAUCCAAUUACUAAAACCCUUGCAGAAGAUCACAGAAAUGAUGCAAUUACAAACUCUUUUGGAUUGUUUAUGUAUUGGGGAUCAUCAAAAAUUGGUUGGUGGAUGGAUUCAGCAGGUGGUAUUAUUCUAUCAUGUUUCAUUGUUUUUUCAUGGACAAUGAAUGCUAUAGAGAAUGCAAAGAUGCUGCUUGGAAAAUCCGCUCCACCAGAUAUAAUAAGAUCAAUCACUUAUGUUGCUGCUCAUCAUCAUCCUCUAAUCUUGUCUGUUGAACAAGUUAUAGCAUUUCAGGCUGGUCCUUUGUAUCUUACUGAGCUUCAUAUCGUUGUUCCGGGAAAUCUUCCAUUGGAACUUGCUCAUUGGAUUGGAGAAAGCCUACAAUUGAAAGUUGAAAGAAUGCCAUAUAUUGAACGAGCGUGGGUUCACGUUGAUUGCGAAUCUCAUAAUGAAAAUGAACACGUUCUUUUUAUGAGAGCAUCAGGAAAACUUGAGCAAGAACCCCACGUCGAGCACAAUUCAGUUGAACAUAAUACUCAAGAUGCAAAUGAAUAA